CACUUGAUUUGACAUAUAUAUAAUUAUUUUGAAAUGUAAAAUUUGAUACGCAGACUGAAGUUUCAUAGGGUUUUAUAGUACGUCGUACGGAUAACCCUUGGAUAUUCCAGUGAGAAGACACUCGUCAUUUUCAAACAUACUGGUUUAUAUUAUAUUAUACGGUGAACUGACUUUGUCGUUUUCGUUUAUUCGUCGGCUUAAAUCUUUGGAUUGGUUGAGUUUUCAUUGCAGUCAGUCGUUGAUUGUGUUUGUUGCCUGGCGAUCGUUACCAUCGAAUACUGAGCAGCUAAAACCGAAUAAUAUCUAACAAUACUUGUGUCUUAGUAGAUUGAAUACAAUUAUACAUAACGUAUUUUUUGCAUAAUAUCUACAUGAACUUUUAUUUUGUUUGACCGUGGAAAAGUGUUUGUAAAUAGCGAAAAUGGUUGAAGCUAGUAAACUAUGGUUCGAUAAAGCUUGUAGCGCUUGUGAGUGCAAUACAUUAAUACACCCAUGGACAUAUAAAUGUUCUGAUGCUACAACUACUAUGUUAUUGAGUUGUAUAAGAGGAAGCUAUAAGUUUUAUGCGAUGGUUUAUAUUAUACAAAUAUUGAUGAGGGGUAAAAAAUUAAGUAAAAAAGAUAUGAUUGAACAAUUCAAGUUAUAUUUAAAAUCUGGAGUCUUCGGUCUAACUGUUGGAAGCUCGUUUGUUACAUUGAAUUGUAUAUUUAGAAAAUUAUUCUUCAGUCAGUUUUCAUAUUAUGCUACAGUGUUACUACCAUGCACCAUAAGCGGGUUGGCUGUAUACUUUGAACCUCCUUAUAGAAGAGUUUUGGUUGUCAAUUUGUUUGUAAACUUGGUAUUCGAAUAUUGGUUACGAACAUUAGAAGCGAAAGGAUUUUGGCGACGGUCAGCUGGACGUGAAACUCUGAUAUUCAUGCUGGGUAGUUCUAUCUUCUUCUAUCUUAUGCGAUUAGAAAGAGAGAACACGAAACGUACACCCCUAUUCUGGUUCUUCACUCCUCCACGAGUCUCUAAAGAAGUUGGUGAACCUGUUAAAGGUAUCGAGGGAAGGAGUCCAGCAUGUCCUCACAGAGGGCCCUGUAUGAAUUACAUCUUUAAGGGGGCAGCACAGUUGUUCGGCGUCGGUUGCCUCAUGACAGCUCUCAGGACAAUCAUACCGCGGCUCCUGACACCGACGAAAGCUUUGAAAUCGUUGAAGCUGUCGCAUUUGAAGCUUGGAUUGUUCUUUGGUGGAUACAUUGGAAUUUAUCGGCUGGUUAUAUGCCUGCUAUGUCGUGCGAACGGUAGAGACAGCGCGCUGUACGCUCUGCCGGCGGGCUUCUUCGCGGGCGCGGCCUUCAGAGCGUCUCCGUCUACCCCCAUUUCCUUAGCACCGAUAACAUCUACUUUACAGAUUCUCUUCUCAUGGGCGUACCAAAGAGGCGCUAUACCCGAACACUGGCCGCUCGUUGAGAUACUGUACUGCUUGUGUCAGGGCCUCUUGUUCCACGCGAGGGUGAUGCAUGAAGACGUCUGCCCCAAGUACAUCAUUAAUUUGAUGCACACAGUCACCAGUAAUAAAGCUGACGAAGUUCAAGCUGCAUUUAUACAGAAGAUAAGAGCCGCCGGUGGGUAUGAAUGAGGCCGAUAGUUUAAUAAAACGCAUUUAAUUACAAAUAAGUUUAAAUAAAUUAAAAAAUUGUAGCAAAAAUGUGACACAGCGGAAUCUACAUCUACAUAUAUAUCAUACUACAUACACAUACAUGACACCACUUUGGGUGGCAAAAGAUCGUAACUAAAUUAAAAUCCAAUCCCAAUAUUCUUGAAUAAAAUAUACGAAAAUAAUAAAUAGUGUUUGCGCUCUUUUGAAAGUAUACAUAUUUCACGCACGACCUUUUGCAUUAACAGUGACGUAUUAACUUCAAAGGUCAAUGACUGUAAAGGCGAAGCGUUUUUUGUUACAUUAGCACGUGUGACAGUAUAAAGCGAAUUGUUUUUGGCGAAAAGGUCACGCACUCAGAGCUGUGCGCUAUGUUUAAUAGUAACAUGAGGCGACCGUGACGUCAUAGGUAUCUUUAAUAAACCUAAUCGAAUUGAGUCAAAGGACUGAUUUACACGUAUUGAACGUAAACGUAAAAGUUAUCGAGUAGUAACUACAUUUUAAGUGAAGUGAUAUUUAGUAAACGUCCACACGUCCCCACGUAUAUGAUAGUUAAGUUCAUUAGUUCACUCAAGAGGGACGACCAAAGUUGUGAAUUUAACUGAUAUUUAAUUAAUUUUGUGUAAACGUGUCAAGUUUUAGCCACGCCCACUAAUUGAAAAAUUAUAAUGUGAAACAUUUAUAAUGUGAUUACUACUAGUACGUAAUAUAUAAUUACUACUUGUAACUCAAUUGUUAUCAUCUAUUAAGUAACUGAAAUGAUGUUAUUUAGUAAACUAAUUAACAAUUUCAUACGUGUUUAUCAAACUGAAAAAACAAAGUUUGCAAAGAACGUGCGAUACAAUUGCAAGUGCGGGUAGUCUAAUUCUAGCUGGGUCGCAAUUUUUCCUAUGAUUUUUUAGGGGUUUGUAAAUGUAAAUCACAUAUUGUGUUUCCAUAUGUGGAUUAAUAUAUAUACAUAUAGUGUAGAAAACAGAUAAUAUAUUGUUGUUCUUGUAUUAUUUAGGUGCUACGUGGGAUUUGUAUUGGGUAUUAAUUGAUUUUUAAAUGAGAACUCAUUGGCUACAAACUUUUUGUGUUAUAAUUGUUUUUUAAUCACCAAAAUGUAAGCCAAUUUAUUUUCAUCCAAUUAUUAACUUAUCUCUCUUGAUGAUUAAGAUAAUCAUAUAAGUAGUUUCACGCAUUUAAAAUUUGAUUGUUGAUAUUUGAUUUUCAAUGAUCAAGUAUUAUUAGAUAAACAAACGUAAGCAUCGGUUGAAUGUAAUAUAUUAAUUAAACUAAAUCUAACUUUGAUCAAUAUAUCAACUAUCAGAAACUGGAGUUAGUGAACCAAUUUUUGUUUAAAAUGAAUGUACUUAUUGAGUUGUGAAAAUAUAUGAAAUAAUUUUUUUUUUAAGGACAAGCUUUAUCGAUAUAGCAAUUUUUAGUAAAAUUACACACAAUUGUCGUAAUCUUGUAUACAUUUUUUCAAUCGUUUUUUCAUUGCAGUGAUGUAGCAAUAAUUAGUAACCAAUUUUGUUAGAAUUUAGAACAAAUGAAAUUAGAAUAGAUUUUUUUUUUUUAUUGUUUGUUUAGACAUUGAACCUUCUUGCUAUUGGCGGAUUAGUCUGAUAUAAAAAUACUCUUUUUAUGUGUAACACUUUAGUUAACGAAGAAAAGAUUACUUAUCAGUGUAAGCAUUGAAAAUUAUUUUGGACAUUUUUAUACGCAUUCUGGAAUUUGUAACACUAAAACUGUAAUUAUUUACAAUGUGUUGUUGUUAUUAUUAAUAUAAUAAUCCUCCAUAGUUUCACUGUGGGAUUAAAUAUAGACUCAUCGAAGCAGUAGUGAUUUAUUAUCCUUUAACUUAUGACAUUCUAAUCAUAUUGAUAGAUUAUUGUCUUUGUUAUAACGGCAAUAAUUUUCAAUAGGAAAUUUAAUUCUUAAGUAGAAUACAAUAGAGUCGUAUUUGCAUAUUCGUCAGCAGUGUCGUUUGCGAUAACAGUUACAACUUUUAGAGGAAAAUAGUAUUUUUUGUACAUGUUUUAAAUUAUUGUAUUUAAAACGUGAUCGAAUCGUAAUGUUCCCGUUUUGGGCAUGGUGUAUGGGUUUUAUUUGAAUAUUCUUUGACAAUUAAACAUUAAAAGUUUUAGAUACAUAGUUUAGACGUUUAGAGAUAUCACACAAGAUAUAGCACAAAGUAGAGUAAAGUUAUUUGGUUGAAAGUGAACCAUUAGGACAAUAAGUACAAAUACAAAUUGGGUGUCGUGUUUUACAAUAAAAUCCGGCUCGAAGGAUCAACUUUAAUGGUUUUAUUUUAUUUAGCGUUGCAUUUAAUUUGAAUGGUUUUUUACUAAUGUUUCCUAUUGAGGCCACAAUUUAGUGUUUUUUUUACACUUAAAAAGUGUACUUAUUAUAUAGGAUAUUGUUGUGGUGAUAAAAUUAUUUUCAUGCGCUUGCGCAACUAAUAUAAUUGAAAUCGGCAUGAUAAUAGCACCCUUUCCUGUAUAUUUUUGGGCUUAAUAGUAAAUAAUAUAAGAAUAAAAUAUGAAAUUUUUCAUUUUAUAUCUAGUGUAAAUAUAAUUUAAUGUGUACUAAUAUUUAUUGAAAAAAAAAAGAAUAAAUUGGAGCGUUCCGAUUUUAAAAUUAUUAUUUCCCUGUGACUAAUGAUUAUUGUUGUUAUUUGAACAAAUGUUUUAUGUUUAAGCACCGAAUAGUUUAAAUUGCCAUCAUAUUGUUAUAUUUUUGGAAUAAAAAUAUUAAGUACA